AUGUAUAUGAGUCACAAUGGCACCCCACUCAGCCUAGCAAUCGGGAGGAACCGGUACUCACCUCGGAGUAUCAGCGAACGCGCAUCCUUCGUACGAUUCCUACUAGAGAACGGAGCGAACCCAGAUCGAAUACCCAGCCCGUACUAUUGUGGUUCUCGUCUCUAUCUUGAAGAUGCGGCUCGUCAGUCAUCAUUAGAAGUCAUCGAGCUUUUUCUACAGCACGGCGCGCAGCUUGAGCAAUCUCGCGCCAUGCAUGGGGCAGCGGAGCGAGGCAGAAUCGAC